AUGUACACGACCAAGCUGGAGACAGAGGCGGAGCUUCCAGAGCCUCACGACCUUGUCUAUCGCUUACGCACAGCAAAACACCCUGAAAAGAUGAAGCUCUUGACGCUGUUCAACGCGGAUGGCGUUGGCUGUGUCGUGGAGGCGUCGGAUAUCAUCACCAUCGCUGACGGACAAUGUGUCACCGACGCCAUCGUAGACUUCCACAAUGUGUGGGUGGACCCCGGUUCACACUACUCGCUGAUGAUCGUGCCGUCCCCAAAGAGACUGCUGCGUGCCACGUCGGAGGAUGACACGGCGCCUCUGGAGCUGAUUCUUCUCGACAGUUAUGGCACGCAUCGUGAUGACCCGUCUGUGUUUGAUGGCGUCAAACUGUUCCUGGAACUCACCGCCAAGGACCUACACCCUGAGUGUGACGCGACCACUCUUGUGACCGCGCUGAGGGACGCUAAACCAGUUCCCAUGAAGGUCCUUGUGGAUACUGAUUUCAAGACACUGCGCUCGUAUCUGUACUUGGAGGGCGUCAGUGCGCUAGAGAUGCGGCGGGCCAUGCGGGGAGACCUAUGCAUGCAUGCGACUGAUGACCUUGUACCGGCGCUUGUGAAACUGGGGGUGGUCGUCCCGAAGCAACCCGCGCCCAGGGUUGCUAAGCAUGGAGCCGUUGUCGAUUCAGGAGGGGAGGACGGCAACACAAAGCUGACACGGAUGCAGGUGGAGCACUACGGCAUGAAGAGGGACCUGGUGAUCUGGAAAGCAGCCGUCACGGCCGUCGGAGCUGCUAUGGGCUACAGUGUCGACCAGCUCCUUGCUGGAGCUGCCCACGUCUUGCAGGCGCAAGAUUCUGAAGGGGAAGCGGCGACACCUGGCUGCAGCCGAUCCACCGCACCCUCCACCCCCAACCCCCGUGCAGGUGCGCGGCCAAGCGUUACAGACAGCCCCAGUUCCAAAGGCGAUCCGCAUGCGAGUGUUGCCCAGUGCGGUGCCGGAUUAGCCAAAGUCGAGCUUGGGGUGGUUCAUCCGAGUCCCUGCGUGCUGCCCGUGCUGGCCACGCCUAUCUGGUCACUGAAAGGCACACCGGGAAGUGUGCCCAUCACGCACCAGGCAAAGCCUUCGGUCGUUCAUGCAGGUGGGACAAGGCCAGUGGUGUUGGCUAUGCCGGCAAAGAGGAAACGCGACGCCACGCCUCCGUCGGGGAGCGAUGUUGAGGGUGACGUGCCCGGUUGCAAGAGGAAGGGUAAGGGACAGAGAUGUAGUUCAAAGUUCAAGGGUGUGCGUAAGGAGAAGCGUGGAAAGUGGAGCGCCAAGAUUUUAUUCCGGGAGAAGAAUAAGGCGAAGCGCACGCAGAUGAGGCUGGGUGCGUACAGCAAGGAGCUGGAGGCUGCCACGGCGUACGCAGCAGCGGUGCACGUGGUCAAGGAUUGUAAGCAUGUAUCCGGAACAGUGGAGCUGUCGGAUGAGGAGAAGGGUCUGCUGAAGGGGUGCACCUUGUCAGAUUUCAAGCGGCUGGUUAAGGGCCGACAGUGGUUCCGAUGGACGGAGUGGGAGACGGCAUUAGCGGACUGUCCGGAAGAGGAUACAGGAGGGGAGGGAGAAGCGCGUUCCGAGUCGCAAGAUGAUGAAGGGGAGGAUGUUGUUGGAUGUGCCGCACAAGAGGGGGAGGAGGAGAUAGAGUUGGAAGGGGAAGGGAUGGGCGGUAUUCAAUACGCAAAGGCUGGGCGGGGCACUCCACAUGAAAUCAAUGAGGAGGCUGCUGAAGCGAUGGAUGGAGUGGCUAGUGCGGCCCAGGGUGCAUCCCAAGUCACGCCGAAUGUGGCGGUCGCGUCAAGCGUCGGCGCAGGUGAUGAGGCGGUCGGUAGCGAUGGCGAAGGUGAGGCUGCGCCGGUCUGUUCCAAAGCGGUUGCUUCUGUUAUAGCAGACGCGCCUGGUACGGCGAACGACAAGGCGGAUACGGCACCGCCUCCCCCAGUGCCGGACAACCCUUUUGUGGCGAUGCCUUGCGCAUCUGCGCAGCAGGCAAGUGGAUCUCAACGAGAGGAGACGUUUGCAAAUGACAACGUCGUCAUAAGCCGUGCCGAGCUCGAGGCGCUGAAGACGGCGAGGGACGACAGCGACCGUCGGAUUGCGCGCCUGGAGGCGCUGCUGCUGGCCGCACAGGAUCUGAGGGUGCAGAACAAGAGGCCGAGGGGUCCGGGGGAGGAGCGGGCGCGAGGUGAUGCGCGGUCGAGCAAGCGUAGGCAGGUCGAAUCAGGCUCGGAGGACGCAUCAUCGGCUGAAGAUGAUGAGGAGGAGGCGGAAGCGGAGCCCGUGAGGGCACGCCGUGAGCGAAGGAGGCGCCACAUGACGGUGUCAAGCUCCCCCAUACUUCAGGAGGCGUUUAAACAUGCCGGCGGGAAAGGCAUGGAAGAGGAUCUCACUCUGUCAACCUGGAGCGAGAGCAAGAGCGGCAUGAUCUUUGCGUCAGGAGCCUUUACUGCUUGUGCCAUGACCGCCUUCCAGCCCAAGAGGGUCACUGGGACUGUGACUGUGAAGCUGUACCAAAUGGCAUGGCUCGAGCAUGUGGUGACGGACACGAUCCUGAACUGGGACAAGUGCAAGGCCCGCCUGUCAAACUCUGCUGGCGGCAACGCGCAGGUGGUGAACGGGCUCCACGAGGUCGCCGGUGCGGCAGUGGCGCAAGCGAUCCAAGACUUCAAGCCCAAGUACGAUGCUGAUGCGGCGGCGUGGGUCUGGGGGGAGCAUGGGCUGAUGCUGUCCUCGUGCAGGCUGGAGCACUUGAUUCCCGGCCGGUAUGCGCAGAGGGCGCCAGCUGUGGAGGAAGGAGCAUCGGUUUCCCGUGGUAGUGCCUGA